AUUCAACCUUUGCUGUAAAUAAUUAUCUCUCCGAGCACGUUGGAAAUCUCAGCAAAUCCGGUCUAUCAAUUAUCCAAAAUUGAGUGUUCUAGAGUCUCAGGGCAGUCUACACUGAACAGGGGUUAAUUUGACCAGCGAACGCCAAAAAUCGUCAGUGCAGCCGGAGGAGCUGUGAAACGGCAAAAGAGCAGUCGCGGACACGUACCUGUUAGGAUCAGAAUUAUUUUGUGUCUCUCAUCGCCAAUGAACAAAUUCCAUAUUUAGAAUCGCAACGGUUACCUUCUCGUCGUACAAGUCUCGCCUCAGCGUUACCAUUCCACCUGUCAGCAUCAAACCCACCUUCGAGAUCGUAUGCCUCAGCGAUAGACAUUGUGGUCACGACAGCUUCAGUUGCUGCUCGUCGUAGCAGACUGGAGGAUUUGAGGAUAUGGCUUGGCCGCGCAUUUCACGGUCUGCUAGUCCAGGAGGCUCCUUAUUGCCUAUGACCAAUCUGCCAGUCGUCGAUACCCCCAACUCAGAACCAUCCACAAGGCGGAGAUCAAUAGACAGGUCGAGGUCGAGAAGCAGACAUGCACGGACAUCUUCGUCCAUUGCUAAGACUGUAGCAGACGAGUUCGCAAGCCUUACUCCGAACGAAACUGCUGAGCGCCUGCAGACGUCCCUCACCACUGGCCUCUCUCCCGCGGAAGCCCUUGCUCGAUUACAUGACCAAGGCCCGAAUGAAUUGCCACAUGAGGAGCCCGAGCCAUUAUGGUUGCGAUUCUUGAAGCAGUUCAAAGAACCCUUGAUUUUGCUCCUUCUGUGUUCUGCUGGAGCCUCAGUAGUAGUCGGAAACAAGGAUGAUGCGAUCAGUAUUGCCGUGGCUGUCACGAUUGUGGUAUCCGUUGGGUUCAUACAAGAAUAUAGAUCUGAGAAGUCAAUCGAGGCUCUGAGCCAUCUGGUACCGAACCACGCCCAUUUGAUUCGUGGGGAUCAGGCAAGGACUGCCAACCCCAGGACGCCAUCAUGGCCCCCGAGCGCUGGAGAAGCACCGGAGAGGGAGACCCUUAUGGAUUCGAAUAGCUCUGAAGACGAUGAAGUAAAGCUGGAAGCUGCCUCAAGCAAGGUUAUGGCAGCGCAGCUCGUACCUGGAGAUCUGGUUCUGUUUACAACAGGAGACCGAAUCCCAGCUGAUAUCCGAGUGACAAAAGCAUCGGAUUUGUCCAUUGACGAAUCUAAUCUUACUGGAGAGAACGAACCUGUGAGGAUAACGGCAGAUGCUAUAAGUCGAAUUGCCUAUCUGCCAAGAGUUACAUCGAACAGCCUCGAGCCACCCGGCUCACCAUCUUAUGCUUCUGCUGGCAGUGGCACCGUGGGUGCAGAUACACGACUAAAUGGAACGACGAAUAUCGCAUUUAUGGGGACACUUGUCAGAUCUGGACACGGUCAAGGGAUUGUGUAUGCGACUGGAGGAAGCACCCAUUUUGGUACAAUUGCUGCCAGUGUUACGGAAACAGAAAGUCCUAGGACUCCUCUUCAACUUUCCAUGGAUGCUUUAGGAUCACAACUCAGUCAAGCGUCUUUCGUAAUUAUUGCAAUUAUUUCGCUGGUGGGAUGGUAUCAAGGCAAAGCUCUGUUGGAGAUUUUUACCAUAUCCAUAUCUCUGGCAGUAGCUGCAAUUCCUGAAGGUCUACCAAUCAUUGUGACCGUUACCCUAGCGCUUGGAGUCCAUCGUAUGGCGAGACAUAAUGCUAUCGUGCGCAAAAUGCCGAGCGUAGAGACUCUAGGUUCAGUGAACGUUGUCUGCAGCGACAAAACUGGAACUUUGACGAUGAACCACAUGACAACGACUAAAUUGUGGUAUUUUGAUGCAGAAUCGCCUAUAGCAGUAGAUUCGGACGACGAAGCGACUGAAGGAAAGCCAGACGCUGUAACUUUACGCAUUCUCCGAAUUGGUAACAUUGCAAAUAAUGCACGUUUAAAUAGGCGGUACGCACAUACUCAAACUGCCUCGUCAAUGGCUGUAUUAUCUUCCACUGGGACGGACAAUCAUGCGCUUCGCAGCCGAUGGGUAGGGCAGCCUACGGACGUGGCUAUGCUGGAUCUCUUGGAUCGAUUCAAAGAACAUGAUGUCCGUGAUAGACUUGGGCAUCGUCUAGGAGAAACUCCUUUCAGCUCGGAACGGAAGUGGAUGGGUGUUUCAGUUGGCGACCUCAAUUCCGAUGGAAGUUCUUCAUCAAAAGAGGUGGCUUAUAUCAAAGGAGCAGUGGACAGAAUUUUAUCAAGAUGCGACACCUAUUUGACCAAGGACGGCCGAGAAGUUGUCUUAGAUGCGGCCCGAAGAAAGGAAGCUCUGGAUGCCGCAGACAAUCUAGCUCAAGAGGGCCUUCGAGUCCUUGGAUUCGCCAGCGGUGCCGUUCCAAAACAUGCCAAAUCUCUUGGUCACUCCAUCAGUCGGAGUGGAACACCAACCACAAAGACAGCCGAGCCCCUUGUAUCACAUAACGAAGACGUUUAUAGAGGUUUGACCUUUGCAGGUUUAGUUGGAAUGAGUGAUCCUCCAAGAGCCGGCGUCACCAAAUCAAUCAGACGUCUCAUGCGUGGAGGCGUGAAGGUCAUCAUGAUAACAGGGGAUGCAGAAACAACUGCAUUAGCAAUCGGGAAGAAGCUUGGCAUGACCAUUGCUACGCCUCGCGAACACACUGCAAGCUCUGUGGCUGUGAAGCCUGUGCUGAGCGGACACGAGAUAGAGGAGAUGUCUGAUGAGGAACUCGAAGCAGCUAUUGCCAACACUUCCAUCUUCGCGAGGACAAGUCCGGAUCAUAAGAUGAAGAUCAUCCGAGCCUUACAAGCUCGUGGUGACAUUGUAGCAAUGACUGGAGACGGUGUCAAUGAUGCGCCAGCCUUGAAGAAGGCUGAUAUCGGAAUUUCGAUGGGUCUACAGGGAACGGACGUGGCCAAAGAAGCUGCUGAUAUGAUUCUGACGGACGACGACUUUUCGACUAUUCUUCGUGCAAUUGAGGAAGGCAAAGGCAUCUUCAACAACAUCCAAAACUUCCUCACUUUCCAGCUGAGCACCAGUGCAGCUGCACUCACUUUAGUAUUUUUCUGCACGUGUCUAGGAUUCAAGAAUCCUUUGAACGCGAUGCAGAUUCUCUGGAUCAACAUCAUCAUGGAUGGUCCACCUGCGCAAUCUCUAGGUGUCGAGCCUGUCGACCCAGAUGUUAUGACACGACCACCACGAAAGCGCAACGCACCGGUACUUACAUGGCCAUUAAUUAGACGAGUGAUCACUUCCGCGACCAUCAUCAUGUGUGGCACCAUGGGCGUCUACUACAAAGAAAUGCUCACCGAUGGAGAAGUCACCAAGAGAGAUACAACCAUGACAUUUACAUGUUUCGUCCUUUUUGACAUGUUCAACGCAUUAAACUGCCGUUCCGAAUCUAAAAGUGUCCUUAGAGGCGAAGUUGGACUUUUCAGCAACACGCUCUUCAACUGGGCAGUCUCAUUGAGUCUAGGUGGACAGAUUCUCGUCAUAUAUUUCCCAUGGCUGCAAGAGGUCUUCCAGACAGAAGCACUCGGACCAUUUGAUUUGAUCGGGUUGGUGGGCUUGGCAAGCAGUGUGUUUUGGGUGGACGAGGCGAGGAAGUAUUGGAAGUUCAGAGAGAAAACCUCCAGGAUGUUAGGGACUAGGUAUAGUCAAGUCGUGUAACGUGUAUCAAGGUGAAUGCAUGGAAAUAAAAGGAUGGGAGAUUUGUAUAAAACAUAUUGGCAUUGGCAUAGAUUCCCCAGUGCAUACAUUUAUUGGAG